ACGCUGAACUUGCAAGUAAAGUUACCACCGAGCUUUAUUUCGGGUCAAGACAGUCUACACCACGACCUCCUAGAGUGCCCCCACCUACAAGAUAUCUGCAGAACCAAACAGAAUCCGCCAUUCCCUCAACUGAUGGCGCGGCAAGCUCUAUAGUCAGACGGACUUUCAAGCCGCAGAAACCCGAAAGUCGUUACUCGUUGAUGCAUGUUGCUGAGCUACCUACGAAGCCACAAAGUCGAAGUAGAUUCUCGUUUGAGUCUGACCAGCAAAGUACAGGAUCAACAAGACGCCCAGGAGGAGAAUACGCUCACGUAGGGCCCCUUGAUCUGGGUAGUUAUUGCAAUGCUCAUUAUGACUCCAGACCAUUGCAAGGGAUCGAGCUUAUGAUUCCAGGAUUGACCCCAAGACUCGAGUUGGGAUACGAAGGAGUACUGCUGUACCUCGAGAGAGGCGAAUGCUUCGUGAGGGGGAAUCAUUCAAACGCCCGCCGAACAGGAAGAAGCAGCAAAGCUUCAACUCGCCUGAGUUCUGGGAAGCCGUCAACUCUAUUGCCUUGCAAUCAAAGAAACACAGAAGCGACACUCUCUCAAUUACGUCUAUCAUUCAGUCAGUGUUCUCAGAGAAAUCCCGAACACGAAGUCAGAGGAGGGCAUUACGCCGCUUCACCCGAGAGAUUGAACUUUAUCUGCAAGCUGCUCGUACAUUGCCCAAACAAUCACUCGUUCCAUCCAUUACUGCAACAAGCAUCUCUGCAAAUACAGUCCUAGAGCUGAAGCCGUACCAGUCGCAAUUUCAGAGUGCUGGCCUUGCUGUGACAUCAGAAGAGCAACGUAGAGCAAGCCCACCGCGAGAAUUUUUGAAUCCACCUCAAACUCCACCCAAGGACGAGAAGUGGGAGAAGAUGGCUAUACUUUCGAGAAAGUCUAAAAUCGAACCGGAGAGCAGUAAGAAAGAAGAGAAAGGCAAAGCGCCCGAGCGAGGACCUCCAUCUUUUGCAUCUGGCUCUACAGGGACUACUGUCCUCGGAUUCACACCACCUCACGAGAAGAGCUAUCCUCGCCCGAAGAUGGAAAGAAAACAACCUUCGCUGGAAUCUGACCAUACCAUACUUGGCUUUACUCCUCCUCAUGAGAGAAUGAUCACGCCACCGCCUCCUCCGCCUAAUUUUUCAGAAUUGCGACCAACCACUAAACGAUCUCUACCAUGGCUUCGCAGAAACAGUCACUCGCCUGAAGCUUCCCCAACCAAGAGAAUGAGUUUCGCACCAGUUGAGCAGAAUCAACAGCCACGUGCUUCAACUCCUCUUCAAGGGUGGGUUUCAACUUUUGAGAUCGCAGACAAAUCAACUGGCACAAAGAACGAGGACGAGAUCCAAAUUCCCAAAAAUCGACCAAAAUCUACCUCUCGUCAAUCCUCUGCCACCAGAUGGAGGGACUCGAGAGUGGCCUCUCGUAGAGUUACUUCGAAAAGCACCAAAGAAGAGACAAAGAACCCAAUUGAACCAUCUCCCGCUGUUGUAAAUACUACUGUCGACGGCACUACACCGUGUCACCAUGUUAACAACUAUGUCAACACAGCAGUCCAAGCGGACGUUCCAGACGAUGAACAACCACAACCCGAAGUUUCCAGCGCGCAGGCUGAGCCGUCUCUUAUUGAGAGAGCUCCGAUCCUUAUUAGCCGGAACAAAACUUUUCCUGUACCACCCAAGAAAUGCACAGGCGACUGCUACCAAGCAACAGAAGACCUAAUCCCUAUAGUGCCUCCGAAAAAGUCUGCACGACCUUCGCGAGUUACCUGGCAGGGUGUUAAUAGUAGCACACAAACCGAAACGCUCAACACUCCUAUAGAUGAGAAAUUGGAAGAGGCUACAGAUGCUCAAAAGAAGAAGCUGUUCUUUCCAUCGACGUUUCCGACAGCAGACCGAAGCAGCACUUUCCCUUUCUACUCGCGGACAGUUCGCUCCUCGAGACUUGUCCAGCAAGCGCCACGUAUGAAAAGUCCGAACAAAAGCAUGGAUGAAACCAAAUCUCAAAUUUUUCAGAACAAAGAAAAUGCCGGAACCGAAACUUCAAACCCUCCUAGUCGUCGACCUCCUUCACCGCCAGCACUAUGUAGUCAGUGUGCCGGCCCUAUCGAUACUAAUGACGAAAUUCUGGUCCCAGGACCGACAUCUGAACUCGAUCCUGAGACUGAAGAGAUAUCAAAAUCCCGUCCAACUCAUGCUUGCACCUCGAGGUCGUCUAUACUUUGCCAGCAAUGUUUCCCAUCGAGGCAAGUAUCGUUGGAACUAUCACCUCUGGAAGCGACUUCGCCUGUUGAGGUCUCCUACCAUCCGUUAUCGAGGCGGUCUACUAGGCCUACCAUUCCUACUGAAAUAGUGACGUAUCCGGAAGAAGUUCCUCACUUUGUUGAGCAGCCAACACCUCUACCUAAACCGUGUCUCGACUCAGUAGAAGGAAAGGAGAUGUAUCGAACUAUGGUUAAGGAGACAUUGGAUGAGUUUAAAAAGCAGAUUCCAAUAGCUGAUCCUAUGAAGCAAUUCCCAAUUACUCGGGUGAGAAUGGGACCACCUUCUAAACCACAAAUGGCUCCACAGCGACGUAGGCCUUUGUCUUCCAGUGCUCCCCGGGCCGCAGCGUCACCUUUGAUUGCUCAACGACCUCUCGUAACUGCAGCAGCAUGCUCACUUAACCAUGUGGCUUCAUCAACAACAUCCCUCGACACUGUCCCCGCAAAGUCCAACCAAAUCACCGACAAGCAAGUCUUCCGAGGCCUCCACGUAGCUACUGCUGCUGCAUGUGACGAGGACGUGGACAGGUGGAUCGAAGAAAUCACCGGGAUGGGAGUCAGAAAGUUUCUCGCUGGUCUGAACGCGUUUGAGGGUCUUGGUGUCAAUACUCUUGCAAACGUGGCCAAGAGAGCAGCCAGACAGCGAAGAGAUCAAAUGAACGCUUGGGAAGAGGUCAGAAAGCGAAAGCUAGCAUCUCAGAGUCGGGAGAUAGAGCUUGAUCGAACGCAGUAUCAGGUCCAAGGGGUGGCGGACGAUAAAUUGAAAGUAGGCGAGUUUGUGAUUGGAGAUCAAGGCGUUUAUUGGAAUGGAGGUGAUGAGCAGGAGGAGGACGACCAAGACGAUAUCGUGAUGGGUGAUCAGGGAUUAGAGAUGAAGCAAAAGAGAGACGGUCUAUUGGGAAGCAUGUCGCAAAGAAGAGACUACAGGGAAAGUGAAGGUGCACGAGAAAGAGCUGUGAAGAUGGGCUGGAGAGAGAGGAGCGUUAGUGGCUAACAACUUUUUGUUAGUCUUCUUGGUUGGAGAUCAGAUUGGACUUGCUUAGGAAACUCAAUUGACCUUCUUUUUGUUAGAGGAGUUUCUGAGCCCGUGCUAUAUCAAGUGACAGAUACCCUAUGCAGCCACAGUAACACUUGUACCAUGCUCAGCCAUCACGCAUAAAGCA